UCCAAGAUUACACCAUCUUUUCUUUUUCUUUCCAGAACUGAAGAAUACAAUGAAGUCCAAAGCUGUUGUGGUUGCGUGUCUGCUGCUGUUCUUGUUGGUCUCUAUCUCUGUUUCUGCGUCGGCAGCGUCCGAAGGAAGCCAACAGCAGCCUGACAAAGCUGAAGGAGCAAAUGCAAAUACCGUGGAAGAGUCGAAGCUACACUGCUACCACGGAUGCUGCAAACGGUAUGGGUAUCGCUGCGUGAAAUGCUGCGGAAGCGCUGCAGAAGCGCAGGCCAAUACCAAUGCCAACACCAACGGUGAGGCACAACAGGAGCGUGCAGAAGUGGAAGCAGCCGCACAUAGAUGGGGAGGCCACGGCGGAUGGCGAGGUGGAGGCGGACAUGGAGGCGGAUGGGGCGGUGGUGGAGGUGGAGGUGGGAAGUGAUUAGUGUGUGUGUGUAAGUGUGGUGGUACAAAGAAUAAGGGUAGGAGGUAAAGGAAAAUGAAUAAAUAAUUAAGAAUGAAGGGUCAUAGUGCCCUACAAUAGAAGGGUUAGUUCCCUUCAGUACUACGCCACUCUUGCAUGUGAAA